UAAUGACAAGAAAUUGUAAUGAGUUUGAGUAGGAAAAAUAAAAGAAGUAAUUGAUGUUUUAGAUGAAGAACAAUGACCAUUUAGAUAAAUCACUUGUUACUUACCACAAUUAAAAUAGUUAUUCGUGUGGGUUCUCUUGCGGUUUUUUAACCAAAUUAAAGUAGCGUGCAUUUAAAGGAAGAGAAAUUCUUAACUUAUAUUCGACACCUGGCAGUUUGAUUUCCAGUAACAGAACAGAACUGAAAAUAGAACGGGAUUAAAUCAUUUGGAACUAAAUUCACUGUAUGAAUUUUGAAUUGUCAGCAAAGGUACGUCCCAGGCUUUUGGUCAAUUGUCCAACCGCUCCUGGGAUAGUUUGUUAUCAAAUUUGUUUCAGGAAGCUUCUGUAAAUGAUUUGUGACAGCAAGUCUUAAAGGUUGCAAUAUCAAUGUAAAUUACUCCAACUUUCUAUCUGAUUUUCCCUUGGAUAUUGGUUUUCAAAUGAGCUGGGCCAAGUGUACUUCGAUGUUUGAUGUUGUAACUCUUCUGAAGAGAGAUGAUGUUAAGUGUUGGCCACAACAGAGGAGAGAGAUGUGUGUUCUUUAAUUUUCUUAAGCUGUUUUGUGUGGAAGGAAAGUAUACUUCUUAACAAAGUAAUAAAUAUACCACAUUGGCUAAGAAAUAAGAAUCUGGAAAUGCAUCUUUCUUUUGAGAGUAACAUGACAGACUUUUUAUUGGUUCUGUCAGUCUAGGUACAUUUCAAUUUUUAAAUUGUUUUUGAUGUUUUAAUGUGCAUAAAAAUAAGUUUAUAAAAAUGUUGCUAAUUGAUGAAAAUUGUUAGGUGGUCUUGGUAUUUGAGAAUCCCAAAGUUAGCCUGCUUCCUAUUCUUAUUGUUACAGGUUUGACAUUUGUCAAUUAUUUUCUUGCAGUCUAUAAAAGUUCGCUUUAAGACGCUUGUCUUGGUGUCUUCUGUUUCUCAAAGGCAACUUCUCUUUGGUGUUCUCUGAUGUUAGAAAACGUACCAUUUGAGUCGGUAUUGGAUCUUUUUAUUGCAGGUGACUUUUUCUAUUGAUCAAGCUCAGCAUGGCUGUGGUUAUCCGCUUGCAGGGGCUCCCAGUUUCUGCAGGAACCUUGGAUAUUCGUCACUUCUUCUCUAGAUUAACCAUUCCUGAUGGAGGGGUGCAUAUUAUUGGUGGUGAACUGGGAGAGGCAUUCAUUGUGUUUGCCACGGAUGAAGAUGCUCGGCUUGCCCUGAUGCGGUCGGGUGAAAUUCUCAAAGGGAACAGAGUAAAGCUAACACUAAGUAGCAGAAUUGAAAUGCAGAAUAUAAUUGAAAUGAGUCGUAAGCAAUAUACACGCACUGGUGAUGUGACCAACUCUGGAAGGUUGGGAUUGAACAAUACUGGCACAAGUGGGUUAGGUAACAUAUCUUCUACACUAGCUGUGAACUUGGUUUCGGCUAUGCAGCAAGGAGUCAAUAGAGGUUCAUUUCAUCCCAGUGAUAUUGGAAAUUCUGAUAUGGACAACUAUGGCUCUCGCAUGGAUCCCAUGAUGAGUGGUACUGUGUCCACCAUGGCAUUAUCUUCACAGAAUCUUGCAGUUGGUCCAGCUCACUCUAUGUCUACAUUAUUUGGCAUGACUUCCAGAGGAUUGGGAGGUAGUUCUGAUAAAUUUAAUGGCUCUACUUCAGUGGAUCCCUCUGCUGAUUCAAUUUACAGUCAAUUAAGAGAACCAAGAGCAUCUUUUAAUUCUGAUCAUCUUUAUUUACGUCUGAAAAGUAUGCCCUAUUCUGUAAGGGAGCAGCAAGUAAGAGAAUUCUUCCAUGACUUACAAAUUGAAUCAGUUCGUCUAAUGAAGGAUUAUUGGGGCCUAAGUAACGGAGAGGGUUUAGUUCGAUUCGCCAGUGCUUGGGAUGCAACAGAAGGAUUAAAACGUCACAAACAAUACAUGGGGCAAAGAUUUGUUCAGGUCUUUCGAGCUACAGAAGCAGAAUGGCUUUCUGAAGGAAAUGAUUUAUUUGUAGAAGAUACUCAUUCUGAUAUAAACCAAGGAAAUAGAGGUCAGUCCCCUCCUCGCGAAGAAAAAUAUCAUUCCCGAAGACGAUCAAGAUCACCACGAAGGCGCAGAUCACGAUCUCGUUCUCCUUACGAUCAAAAUUUUUAUGUGCAACUAAAAAAUAUGCCCUAUGGUAUUUCCAAAAGAGAUGUGCAAAAUUUCUUUGAGGAUUUGAACAUUGCAGAUGAUCAAAUUUAUCUUCUAUAUGAUCUUGAUCGUAAAAGUACCAAGGAAGGCUUUGUGAAGUUUAAAAGUGCUGUUGAGCAUCGGAAAGCUCUAAGGUAUCAUAAAGAAUGUAUCAGAAACCGUGCAGUUUAUGUUUAUCCCAUCUCUAAGAAAGGCAUGUUGGACUUUAUGGACCAUGUCAAGAAGCAAAGAUCAAGAGAAAGGUCAGCUUUUAACAUUGAAGAUAAAAGGUCCCUGUCAAGAGAAGAGGCUUAUUCCUCAUCAAGAUUGUACAUUUAUGCCCGUAACCUUCCUUUUGAUGUCUCCAAAUCUGAGAUUCGUAAAUUUUUUGAAGGUUUUGGUGUGGCUGAUUAUGGAAUCCAUAUACUUGUUGAUAGUAAUGGCAUUGGAUUAGGGGAGGCUGUGGUCAAGUUCAAGUCUGAGGAUGAAGUACUAAGGGCUGAGUGCUUAUAUGGUAAAAAGCUUGGAGGAAGAGAAGUUUUGCUAAAGCCAAUUUCUUCACAAGAGAUAUUUGAACUUGGUGUUGGUUCUGUGCAUGAAAGAACCAAAAGCCAGAAGGAGUGGGACUAUUUUGGUUCUUAUAGUAGUGGUGGUGAUCAUUCUUUGUCUCUUGAUAUGCAUGAAUCAUCUGAGCCUUUCGAACCUUCCAGUGGUUUGGGUUCUGUGCCCUCCAUGCAAAGACCAAGAUAUAGCCAAGAAGAAGAAUUUUACAGAGGAUUCGACAUGAGAAAUGACACUUCUGGAGGCUACACUGGAGGUGGAUUUGGAUCUGGAUUUGAUUCAGGCUGUCAAAGUAAUAUGAGAAUGUCCAGUGGCAAUGCUCUUGUGAAGGCUUUUAACCUCCCUUUCAAAAUCUCGGUUAAUGAAAUACUGGAUUUCUUCUAUGGCUAUCGUGUUAUUCCUGAUUCUGUCACCGUACGGUACAAUGAGAAGGGUUUACCUGCUGGUGAUGCUGUUAUUGCAUUUGAAACAGUUGAUGAAGCGGUGGCUGCUGUUCGAGAACUGAAUGAAAAGCCAAUUGGACAAAGGAAUGUCAAACUAACCUUGCUAUAAGUUUAGUGGAACCUGACGUUUUUUAAUGAACAGAUUUUAGAUUCUCUGAAGUAAAAUGCAGAUACUGUCUGGCCGUUGGUUCCACUGAAUGAAUAACUUAAUGAGUUGCUAUCAUUUGUAACUUUCAGGCAAAUAUGAUUCGUGUUGAAGUUGGUCUUUGUUUCAGGAGUUACCAGAAAAUAGUUGGUUCUGGUUUAACUACUUUGGGGUAUAUUAUAUUUUGUCUUGAUUGCUAUAGUUUACAAGAUUAUAUUCUAAUGUUCAGUUCCUUUGAUUUGAUGGGGUUUGAAAGUUAAAUGCUGUUGUCAUAUAGAUGGUUUGGAAGUAAACGUGAGUAGUUUAGCAUGCAGAAAUUCUGCAUCAGUUUUAUUUUUCACUGUAAAAGGAUGAUUGAGUGAAAUCUUUUAAACUCCAUCCUGAACAAUACUGUGUAACUUUUUUAAACCUUCGAUUUUGUUUUCUGCUUACCCUGGUUUUAUUUAAGGAGGGUAAGUGGUUCUGAGGUGGACAUGUACUGACCAAAUUUUAUUCUAACCAUGCCCUUAAUAUUAAUGCGUAAUUUCAUUAAUUGACUUAAAAGCAUAUGUGCAUUGUGUCAAUCAACAAAAUGGAGACCAGGUCAGCUGGUAUAAAAAUGAUCAAUUAGAUCACUAAGAAUUAGUUUAUUUGAAACCACUACAAAAAAAAGAUUCUAUUUUCCCCUUGUAUAUUGAAGGAAUAUAUAAAUGACUUGCUUUUUGAAUAAGAUAUAGCUUAUUGGUCAAGCAUAUAAGUGUGUAUUUUAUUCAGUCUCUUGCCAAAUAAGGGUGUCUUGUUAGUGAAAAAAUAUGAAAACUGGUCCCUAAACAUUAUUUGUUUAGCAGCAUAGGAAGUUACUUACAAGUGUUUGUUUAAGGUUGUGGAGUAAGGUAGUGCAGUUCCAUACCUAAAAAACCGAAUUAAUACAUGUUUCAAAGUUAUUCCCUCUAAUUAUAUGAAUUUGUACAGUGUGAUUCUUGUCAAGAAAGACAGCAGGAAUUUAAUUUUUGCAUUUGUAGGCUUGUUUAAGUUUCAAUUAAAAAUCUUGAAUAUCUUACUGGAUUUGUGUUUACUCAAACAUCUUGUGUUGUGUCGGGUUAAGGUAGCGAAUUUCAUAGUAAGUUUCUUGUGGUUUUUAUAUUUUAAGAACACACUUAACCAUAUUUCAUGUUUUAAAGAUCCUGCAAAAGUUGUAUUUUCUAUUUGCACUUAUUCUAUACAUUUUUCCCAAUCUAAUUUCAUUGGAUACUAGAUGGAUCAGCUAAUAUGUGGUAUGCAUUUUCUGGUAGGUUUAUUUGAAUGAAAUAGGUUCUUUUGAAGCAGCUUUUUGUUAGAUGUGAAGUGAGCAAACAAACAUUUCUUGCUAGGCGAGAAUAUUCAAGUUAUGAAGCACAGGAUCAUGCUAGUUACUUAGGUGUUUUUUUUAAUGUGAUGCCAGCAGUAAAAACUAGCUGGAAAAUUACUGACUUCACAACUCUGAAAAUACUAUUUUACAGACGAUCGGCAUUGAUGCAAAUACAGCAAAAUAAAUUCAAAUAAUUUAGGUGAAUUAUAUUUGUCAUCUUCCUGUUAUGUCAUGUAAAAAUAAUAGGUGAUAUUUAUUUGUACUUUAUAAAUUGUAAGCACUGUGUUUUCUCAGAGUAUCUAUCUGUUUGCUUCAGAGAGUGUGAGUGAAUGGCAAGUGAACACUUUUGAGAUACAAAUAGCCUUUCUUUCGUAAGUUGUUUUGAAAUAAACUUGGUUUUGUGUUCAGUAAUCUUGGAAUUGCCCUUCCUGGGAAGGCUGGCAUUUAUUACUGACCUCAUAUUUCCUAUUGAGAAUAUUUGCCUUGAUUGCCUCAUGUAGCAAUAUCCUGGUCCUGAUACUCACUUUAAAACAACUACUUUUAUUUAUAUAAGGUAUGACACUAGCCUCUAGAAGUUUUCCCCGAGUCGUAUUCUCUUCGAGGCCAACUGUAACAUCAAAGAACCAGAAUCAAGUGAAUAAUCACAAGUCUGCUUCAGAAAUUUUGUUCUUGCAUUUGUAUUUUGACUAAGGUUCUAAUAUGGUUUUAAACUUAGUUAUCUUACAGAACCCAAAUUAUGAUUGGUGAGCAGGCUAUUAGGUUGUUGUGGCCUUGCACUAUUUCCAACCCUCAGAAAAUGGGAGUAAAUUGAUGUGAUUGGCUACGUUAAAUGCAACCAGCUUUGGUGGCAAGGUUUGAGGAAUGCUCACAUGGACCUAGAUUUUAUAAAUUGUUGGUGAACAAUGGUGUUACUGCUUUAUGAAACAGUUUAACCGGGAGUUUAGCUUGUUCUGAAGUUAAUGUCUGCGAUACUGUAGCUGGAAUGUUGUCAGGGCUUUGGCUGCUGUAAUGAUAGAAGCAGAGAAUGAUCAUGCAGUUGUAAUUUCUGGUGGAUAAUGUUGGUGGUUACCUGGAUUCUAUGAGAGUUACUAUCUACUUGAUUUCUUGUAGGUGGUGUUGCAAAUACCAGCUAUGUUUCGACUUUGCAUGUUAGUCAUAGAUGAACUCUAGCCUCUUCAUUUCAUUAUUUUGUGCAUGUGACCAACACUAGGUUCGUCCUAAACGUAGCAGAGUUUCAGAGCUUUGACCCAAUCUAGAGAUUGCCUGGUUCAGAAAAUGACACGUUUUUUAAAGCUUGCAUGUGGGUAGUCCUGUAACCUCCCUUUGGCAAAACUGAAAAUAAAAUGUUGCUUUUUGUGUAGUCAUCUAUAUUCUUAAGUGAAAUGGAUCUACCUGUUUUGCUAUGCAAGGCAAUGAAAAUUAUAAAUAUCUAGGUCCAUAUAGUUGCUGGUUUGAUAGAAAAGGUGUAAAAUAGAAAAUCAGAGAUUUUUUAUAGAAAAUUUUUUUAAGGAUUUAAUUCUGUGUGCAGUAAAUGAGUUUUAUUAAUUUUCAGAGGUCCUUUUUAAUUAUUCUUCGUUUUGCAGCACCACAGUUAUUUUUUAUAAGACACACCAUUGUCAUUUCAUUCAUUUUGGAUUCAAGUCUUUACACAUCUUUGGCAUUUACUUGCUUGUAUUUAAUUGCAUUUAUUAAAUUGGAGAAGAAACUUGACAGUGUACUGAAUUGUCCCAGCCCCUCUUUUUCCCACUCUUCCACCUAUUCAAGAGAGUAGGGCCAAAUUCUACUUGAUGGACAUUUUUCUUUAAUGACGACUUUGGCUUGGCAUCAGACAGACUUAGAAAAAUGUUGAUCGUAAGAUAAUAAUGACAAGAUAUAGGAAUACAAUUCGGCCAUUUGACCCAUCGAGUCUGUUCUGUUAUUCCAUCAUGAAAGAUUUAUUAGCCUCUCAACCCUAUUCUUCCUUCUCCCGAUAACUUUUGAUGUCCUGACUAAUCAAGAACCUAUCAACUUCCACUUCAAAUAUACCCAAAGACUUAACCAAUGAAUUCCACAGAUUCACUGUCCUCUGGGUAAAGAAAUUCCUCCUUAUCUCUGUUCUAAAGGGAUAUCCUUCUGUUCCGAGGAUGUUAUCUUUGGUCCUAGAAUCCCCCACUAUCCUAGAAUCCUCUCCACAUCCACUCUGCCUCAGCCUUCCAGUAUCCGAUGGGUUGCAAUAAGAUCCACUUUCUUUCUUCUAAACUCUGGUGAGUACCCGCCCAGAGCCAUCAAACGCUCUUCAUAUGUUAAUCCUUUCAUUCCCGGGAUCAGUCUUGGGAACCUCCUCUGGACCCUCUCCAGUGCCAGCACAAGUGCCAUGUUCAGAUAUUCAGAAGUCAAAAUUAAAAAUGAGGUGCACAAGUUUUUGAUAAGAUCUGAAUUGCACUUUAAACAAAACAAAAACUUUAUUUCAUAUCCAUGGAGAUCUAAACUGGCACAGCAUCUGCAGGUAGAUUGCUUAGUGUAAGUGCUAGAGAGCUGCAAAAUUUAACAGUCUGCCAGUAAAGUCCAUGAGGAGACAUUUACGAAGUAUAUCUGGAGAUGGCCUGUUUCCGUGCUGUAAUUGUUAUAUGGAAAAAUGCUGAUAAAGGUUGGUCAGUAUUUUGAGGGAAUUCCCAAACCUCAUGCCAUUUUCUUGCAACAUUGUGCCGUUACAUUUAAUGUAUUUUUAAAGGGACUUGUACAAUUACUCACUUUUUUUAAUAAUCAGACAUUUUUCAAAAGUUACUUUUUUGAACACUCAAGCCUCUUUAAAUUGUAAAGUAACUUUGUAAAUAAUGUUCAAUGACUUAAAAAUAGUCAAGAUCCACUUAACAUUUUUAUGUGGUUUAAUGAGAUUUGUACAGCAUGUAAAAAUACUGUACUUAAACCUUGGUGGUUUUGAUAAAAUUCACAUUGAUGAAUAGAGUUCAGUUAGAACAACCUUUUAGUUUGAUCUCUGAUGGUAAAUUUUGUCAGACUUGGAGCAUACUUUGUUCCAAUAUCCAGAUGAAAAAAGAUGCUUUUAUCACUGUUUUGAUAAUUCAUAAAUUGGGAAGUACUCCACUGGUGAAUAAUUGUGAUUCUUUUAUACUGAAAGUUUACAGCCAACAUUUAUCUUUAAAAACAUUAAGCUUGUGAUUAUAUUUACAUCAACUGUGAAGGUCACUUUCAUGGGUCUUGAAUUCUAUGGGAUUAGUCAUCACCUGACCCACAAUGUGCUCUUUGUGAAUCCACCUGUUGGUGUGUAAUAAUUUGUGCAAUAGCAUUCAUCAUCCAUUAGCUAUCAUCAAUACAAAGGGCAGUAUAAUCACAGGUAAAUUGGAUAGUGCAAGUAUAUAAAAUGUAGUAAUAUCAUUCCCUGGUGGCUAAAUAAAUAAGGUAAAACAAUUUAUUCUGCAAUGAGUAAUUAUUUCAUAUAAAUGAGUGAACAGGUUUACACUGAAAUAAAAUCUGACAAGAUACCAUAGAUUGGAAAAACUCAGGUCUGGCACUGUCUGUGGGAAAACAGAGACAUGUUGGCACAGAGAGAGAAAAACAAGUCAGUUUUAAAUUGUAGAGAAGAGGUGGGACAAAAGGGUUAUCUGUAAGAGGGUGAUGCAUUGGUAGGCUUUGGGAUAGGUGGAGGAGUUCUAUUAGUUGGGACAGAUGUGCAUUUGGAGGGUGCUAAUGCAACAAUCUAAGGUGUUGCAGAUAUCAGCUGUGUUAUAUAUUUGCUCUAGAAAGAAAGAGGGUAAAAUUGAGUCAAAAUCACAUUUUUGACUUGCAGUAGAAAUGGCUUGUUCUGAUAUAAAGAAUGAAAAUGUGUUUUGAAACUUGGAAAAUUUAACAUUUACUGUAGGGAGAUUGAGGUGCUGUUCCAAAAGCUUGUAUCAGGUCUUGAGAUAGCAAGAGGCCAUUUAGAGAUUAGAGUGGGAUUGGGGUUGAGAAUUAAAAUAGAAGGCAGCAGGAAAUGUUAUUGUCAUCCUUAUCGCCAGAACUUGGCUACUUUGCAGAAAGUGAUCACCUGAUCGUGUUUUGGUUUCUUCAAUGUAGAAAAGACCACAUUGUCAAUACUGAGAGUAGUAUACUUGAUUGGAAGAAGUACAAGUGAAUCAAUCACUACUGGCAGGACUUUUUGGGUCUUUGGAUAGUGGACCUUAUACACCCUAAUAAAGUGCACAAAUAUAAUUAUUUUCCUUCAUGUAUUUUGUAGGCAGAUGGACUUAACAGACAAUUUAUUUCAAAAUUUUGUCUAGAAUUUUACAGAAUGCUUAGAAUUUCACAGGAUAGUUACUGUCAGUGACCUAGUUCAAGUGAAUAAUAUGGGCUAGUAGUAUGACUUAUAACAUAGCAUAUAAAAAUCAACUUUGAUCAUGUCUGCAUUAAAUCGUCUCUGUUAUCCAGUACGAACACUCAGUUUGCGUUUGUUUGUUACCACUUUCUUGAUGCAAAUCAAUGCGGAUUAAAAGUAAUAAAAAGGUGCCUUGUGUGCACAUCUGUCAAAGGAUAUGUAGACUGGAUAAAUGGCAUGUCAGUUUCUGAUCUAGUAAAUAACAAAUAUAUUGACAAAUUUCUUGAAUAUUAAGCAUGUUUUUGCAGAACUAAAAUAAUUUGUAGAAGAAAAAUUUUCCCUUCCACUCAAAUGUGAGAUAAAUUGUGCUGACUUGAAAAUUAGCUUACCUCACAUCUGAACAUUUUGUGCAAAAUUUGUGUGUGGUGCUGUCCCUGGCUUGUGGGUGGAAAAGGCCUUGUAACUCUGAAGCUGAUUUGUAAUAAAAUCAAAGUUCUCAGAAUAAAUUUGGGUGAAGACCACGUCUCUUAAAAUAUGGUUGUUUUACUUGGUGAAAUUAGAAGUAGUUCUGCAUUCCAGUAAGAAAUAUUCUUAGAAUUUAUGUUCUUGGACCCAUUUUAUGAAACUAAAAAGGAGAAGUUGCUUUACUUUUUGUUCACAAUUGGUCAUUGUUCUG